AUGCUGAGAGUUGCAGGGAGGAGGCUGUCGUCUCUCUCGUGGCGGUCCGGUCAGGCUACGCCGGCCGCGUUUGCGUCUAAGAACCCGUUCUCCGCCGUUGAUUCGCCAGACGCCCCUUUCUCUCACAUCAACCCUUUCUUGGAUCAAAUCAGAGGCUAUUCUGUCAGUACCCUCACACAGGAUAACCUCACCUUGAUCCCCGAUGUCCCUGCCACAGUGGCGGCCAUCAAGUCCCCAAGCUCCAACAUCACCUACGACGAGAGCAACCACGAGAGGUACCCGCCCGGCGACCCGAGCAAGCGCGCGUUCGCCUACUUCAUCCUCACCGGCGGCCGGUUCGUGUACGCCUCAUUGGCCCGCCUCCUUGUUCUCAAGUUUGUCCUCAGCAUGUCCGCCAGCAAGGAUGUCCUUGCUCUCGCCUCCCUUGAGGUGGACCUGUCCAGCAUCGAGCCCGGGAGCACCGUAACAGUUAAGUGGCGCGGGAAGCCGGUUUUUAUCCGCCGCCGCACGGAGGAUGACAUCCAGCUGGCAAACAGUGUUGACUUGGCGUCCCUGCGGGACCCACAAGAGGAUGCAGUUCGGGUCAAGAAUCCCGAGUGGCUUGUGGUGGUUGGGGUUUGUACUCACUUGGGGUGUAUUCCUCUGCCCAAUGCAGGUGAUUUUGGGGGUUGGUUUUGCCCGUGCCACGGUUCACACUAUGAUAUCUCGGGAAGGAUUCGAAAGGGGCCGGCCCCUUUUAACUUGGAGGUGCCUACUUACAGUUUCUUGGAUGAGAAUAAGCUGUUGAUUGGAUGA